GGGGGGGCGGAGACCUUUGCAUUGAGCGUGGUGGCAGAAUUGGUCAGUGGAAGAACAGACAAAGAGGAAAAUGAGACGGAGAGAUAAUCAGUUGAAGAAAAAGUGAAAGACGUGGCGUAACAAAGGGUGGAGGCAGAGGGUGAGAGAGUGAGUGAGAGAGGCGGGGGGAGAUAGAGAAAGGGGCUGAGCCAAGCACAACAGUGAUCUGAUGCUUUUAGCUGGGGCUGGAGGAGCACGUGGGCUGGUUAGUGUCACAUCCCGCUCAUUCGCCAGCAAAGGCAGUGGCUAACGGCGGACGCUCCAAGGCGACACAACACAUCGGAACUUACACACCGAGCACGUUGCCUUCCACCCUUCGCUGACAGAGACUGGAGAGCAGCGCCCUCAUCCUGUGCCCUGAUGCCACCAUCUACCACCAUCUUCAUGAAAACUGAGGGUGGAGAACAUCCCCUUCUGUUUGGAUGCUGAGAAGGUUAUAGUGUUUUUCCUGACAGACAUGACCUGACUAGUAUAAGUAUGGAGGAUAUGGAACAGUAGGCUGGACAAACAUCUCACAAUCAUGAAGGUUUUUAGACAACUCCUCGAAGGAAUCCAGGUUUCUUCUCAGAGGGUAUCAUAACCUCCAGAGGAUGUUACGAGUCUUACUCCAUCUUGGAUUAUCGCUUCGACUCCAUUCAGGACUUUAGAGGACAAAAACAGUCAAGAAGCUUGACACCCCCAAGGGAGUUGGCUUCUUGGACUUGGUCGCUGAGCCGAAAAAUGAAUGACAGCGACAACAUGAGCAAGUGUGGGAACAUGGACGAGCUGAAGAACUACCAGCACUUCACGUAUGCGGUGAUCUACACGGUGAUCCUGGUACCCGGGCUCAUCGGCAAUGUGCUGGCCCUGUGGGUGUUCCAUGCCUACGUGAAGGAGACCAAGAAGGCGGUGAUCUUCAUGAUCAACCUGGCCGUGGCGGACCUGCUCCAGGUCCUCUCGCUACCAUUGAGGAUCUACUACUACCUGAACAAGUCCUGGGCGUUCGGGCACUUCCUCUGCAUCGUCUGCUUCUACCUGAAGUAUGUCAACAUGUAUGCCAGCAUCUAUUUCCUGGCCUGCAUCAGUGUGCGCCGAUGCAUGCUGAUCAUCUACCCGCUGCGUUACAGCUCCUCCAGCCGCCGGCUGGACCGCGGCCUUUGCGUAGCCGGCUGGGUGGUGGUCUUCCUGGGCUGCCUGCCUUUCCCGCUGCUGCGGAAGAACCCUGGACCGGACUCAGAGAGCUGCUUUGCGGAGCUGCCCAUGAUGGACCUGAUGCCAGGCACUGGCGUGGUGCUCAUCUGCAUGGCAGAGCUGCUGGGUUUCCUGCUGCCACUGGGCCUGGUGCUCACCUGCUCGUGGCACAUGGUAGCCAGCCUGCGCGAGAAGAACGUGGUGCUGCAGGACAGCGGCGAGAAGCGCAAGGCCCUGAAGAUGGUGCUGAGCUGUGCCGCCGUCUUCCUGGUCUGCUUCGCCCCCUACCACCUUACCUUUCCGCUGGACUUCCUGGCGAAGGCCAACGCUGUGAAGAACUGCGCCUUCCAGGACUUCAUCCGCCGCUGCCACCCGGUCACCCUCUGCCUGGCCAGCCUCAACUCCUGCCUGGACCCUAUCAUGUACUACUUCACCACCGACGAGUUCAAGCGCAGGCUGUCCAGGCAGGAGCUGCAGGAGAGCUUCCCGCUGCGCAGGAUCUCCUGCAUGAGCGAGGAGGCGGUGCUCAGGUCGUAGCACGCGGGGGUGUGACUGAGGGCCCGUCAUGUUAGCCCGCCGGAGGACUGACACGUCCCCGUGGUACACAAGAGCGACUGAUUUACGUGCCACGGAGUCACAGCCGGCAAAGGAAGAAGGUCAGACCUCAGAAGGACGACUUUAAUCUUCACGGACCAACCUGUCAUGGCAUUUGGAUUAUAUUGUGAGAUUUGAUAGAUGGACUAAUUACUGUGACAUUUGCCAAGGGAGAGGGGUGGGGGAAAAAGAAGCUAUUUUUUCACUUAUUUAAUAUUGUGUGGGCAUUUAGGUCAUAAUGGAGGAUACUGUAGCUCAUGCAGCUUCUAUUGUAUCAAUAGACAAUGAGUCAACGGGUGAGCUCAUAAUAAAAGAAAAUGGCAACAAAGAAAGGUCAGCCCGUGAUUACAGUGGCACAUCACAGAUACAAACUAAUCACACUUCAUAUUCACAAUUAACAAUCAUGUUAGUUAGCUAACUAGCUAGCUAUCAAUGUUAAGUUGUAAAAAUUAGCAAUAUAAAUGUAAUCCAUACAGUCUAUUCAAUCCAUUCGAAUCAUGAAUACAAGUAUUAAGUAGCACAAACGUAAAUGCUAGUUAAAUGGAUGACUUCAUGAGACAUCUUUUCAUUGGUUAAUUACAUGUCACAUGCUAUCAGUAGGCAGGAGAAUGGGAAUAUUCCAUCUGUAGUAAAACGUCACCAUCUUCAAAAAGUGCAGACACUAGCGGCUAAAACUGUGGAAACGCUUCCAAAUUUUAGACAUCGCGGAACUUUAUUCCAGUUUACCCCAGUUACUUAUUUAAUUGUCCAAUGUAUGAUAUUUGUAGGCAUUCUUUGUAGUAAUUUUUAAAGCGUAACGCCAAACAUGUUAGGUGUUGAUGCAGGCUCACUUCCUUAAGAUUCCCCGUGAAACUAGCAUACGAGGAAUCAAAGCGAAAGAGACCAACUUGGAAUGAGUGCGUGACCCCCCCCCCCCCCCNUCCCUCUCUAAGGGUGUUUUAGGGGCAGGAGUUGUCAAAACAGAGUUAAUGACAUAUUCUGGGAAAUCAGGAAGAACAACGGAGGCCUCCGGGGGGCGCCACUCAGCUGCCGUCUCCCCACAGCAUGUGCUUUUAAUUAAUGGAGUCCAUUUAAAGAAGGCAUCCUUAGAGUCCGUAUUGCUUUAGAUAACGUGUGCAGCUACAGUGACGGAUGACACCUUCCAACCUCCCACACCCUGCAUUACUCAUGCAAGCCCCCCCCCCCAAAAAAAAACACUAAAUAAUAAAUAAAAGAACCAUUAUUUAUGUAUCUAGGCAACAUUUAUAAAAUGCACUUUUCUUAACAACCCCUUUCAGAAUGUUCCUCCAGAGAUUUCAUUUUCUGAUGUAUAUAUUAUUCAAACAAAACAUACAUAGCACUUAAUCUUUCUGUUUUGGAUAGGGGCUUCAAACUUCGACCGUCUUUUUUCACAGGCACAGAAAAUCCUUCUAAAACUCGAUUGUUUAUAUGAAUACAGGAAAUGGGGCCAAACAAGAUUCCCCUGAUGAACUAGUAAUCCUGAUUUUCCUCACAUAAUAGAUGAUAAAUUAUAGCACAAUCACCCAUUUAUUAUUAAUCCCAGCUGACUUGAUUGGCCAAUGUGGGACGCCUUUGCUAGCAUUGCAUUAAAGGGACCAGGCUUGUUGUUAAAGAGCAGUGCUGGUUGAAGUCCACGUAAUGCCCUAGGCAGGAUUCACCAUGCGCCCCCCCCCUUCAUCUCCCAGUCUCACUUUCUCUGACAGUUCCUCCUAGGGGGUUGCAGGGGAGGGGGGGGGUGCGGUUUGCUAAGUCAGUACACUGGACAGUUACCCAUUUUGCCUUUGCCAGGAUCUGCCUGUGAUUAAGAGGUUUCGGGGUUCUGGUCCCGUAUGACACCUUGUGAAGAGUUAUAAUGUCGCUUUGGCCUCUUCAGACACUGGGCUCUGCUUUGGUGUAUAUUUUAGCUAUACGUGUGAGUAUAACAUACUUAAUCACAGCCUCCUUGGAACAAAAUGGAUUUGGCUCAUUUCACCCUCAUCCUGUCAUUUGGAUGGUAUAUCCCAUCAACUUGGGUUUGUUUUAGGCCUUUGGCAGCAAAUCCUUUUAUCAGUCCACUUGAACGGUCUCCAUUCCUUAUCAUGCAAAAAAUACAGAGGAGACUAUGAUGAAAAAAGGGGUGAAUCGAUAGUCUGAUACUAUAGUGGCUGAUGUACUUGUACUUAUAAUCAUGAAAAAAUCUGAUGUCAUGCAAUGACAUAUCAGCGAUUUUGUUAACAAGCAAAAUAAACGGGACAACAAAAACGUCUGCAGUGUAAAAGUACGACAAAUUUAAUGACAAAAACCAAAGUACAGUGGGGACUGCAACCUGUGCUCUGCUAAAAUAUCAAGAGGUAUGAAAACAAGUUCAUAUAACACAUGGAAUCUAAUUAAAUAUCCAAAAACUGCAUAUAAGAAAGAGUGUAAGGAAACUGCUACCAGUGGCAUUCUGCAACAACUCACCGUGCAGCAAGCAAUGUCAAACAACAAUCCUCCUGCAUGAAAAUAAUAAAAUUGUUCAAGCAUAAUGUCAUAAUGGUAGCAUGUGGAGAACCUUCUGAGGUGAUACGUGGUGUAAAACAUUUUAGAUAGUUGCCAGUCCGCUGAGCCAUCAUUUUUCACAUGGCAUAAUGGCUUUGUUUUUUUGCCUAAAAAUGAAGCCCCCCCCCCCCCCCCAGUGCCAU